AUGCCAAAUCGACAAAUUCAACAGCACCACAAACAAAGCAAAGCAAGGCCACCAAACAUCAAAAUAAUGAAACAUAUUAUUCGUACAAAAAUCAGCCGUUUCAACAAAAUUGAAAGUCUGAACCGUAAGAUUCGAACCAACAAGAUUCACAUCAUUAAGUGGCGCAAUCGUUCCAUUACGAUAAUCCACCGUGCCGUUGAUAACUGCAAUAUUCUUGAAUACAACGGAUACGAUAGGGAUGGUAAUGGCCAUGCUGAUUGCGGAGGUGAGAAUGGCGUUUGGAAGGUAGAUGGGAUUUUCGAAUGGGUUUUUGAGCUUGCUGAUGAGAGAUUUCUUGGGCUUGUUACUGCUGGCUUUUUUGAUGGCUUGUGGAUUGAUGGUUGGGAGAGUUUCGAGUUCGAUAUCCUUGCUGAUGUCGUCGAAUUCUUCAUUGCUGGUAUCUACGCCGGAUGA